CCAGCCCAAGGCGGGGCUUUAGCCUAUAAAGGCCUCCUGCAAGCAGGGAGCCGGCCAGAGAACAGCUCUCCUCAGUGCCACUUCUGGCUAGCAAGUUCUCACUCUCUCUAGCCAUGGGCAAGAAAGUGGCCAUUAUCCUGGCUGGCUGCGGGGUCUACGAUGGGAGCGAAGUGCAUGAAUCUUCUGCCGUCAUGGUGCAUCUCAGCAGGGAAGGGGCACAGGUGGAGUUCUAUGCCCCAGAUAUUGAUCAAAUGCACGUGGUGCAUCACAUCAAGGGGCAGCCGACAGAGGAGAAGCGCAACGUGCUGGCGGAGAGUGCCAGGAUUGCCAGAGGCAACGUGAAAGACCUGGCCAUGAUGAAGGCGAAGGAACUGGAUGCUCUCAUCAUCCCAGGUGGCUUUGGAGUGGCCAAAAACCUCUGCACUUGGGCUGUGGAUGGGAAGAACUGCACCGUCUCCAAGCAUGUGGAGGACACCAUCAAGGCUUUCCACUCUGCCAAGAAACCGAUCGGCCUCUGUUGCAUCUCCCCAGUGCUGGCAGCCAAGAUCCUCCCAGGCUGCGAGGUCACGGUUGGGCACGACACGGAAUGCCAGACCUGGCCCUAUGCGAAGACGGCUGAGGCCCUGGAGGACCUGGGCUGCACACAUGUGAACAAGGAAGUCAGCGAGGUGCACGUGGAUGUCAAGAACAAGCUGGUGACCACGAGCGCUUUCAUGUGCAACGCGCCUGUCCAUGAAAUCUAUGAUGGCAUCGGGAAGAUGGUCAGAGAGGUGCUGAAGCUGGCCUGAGGACCAGAGGAGGUGGACAACAAGGACGAAGAAAAGCAGUGGGGUGCAAGGGCUGGGGGAGGUGGGCGUGUGUGCGUGCGUGCCCUGCCUCGGAUGCAGCGCAAACCCCAAACACAAUCCUCUGGGAACAUCUCUGUACAAGACCUGUGGAAAUGAAAGGGAGGGGCGGCUGGUGGGCCAGACUACUGCUGCCGCUUCCCUUUCGUAGGCCUUGGUGAAUCAGGAGGCCUUUUCAGAGGAUUGAGCUUGCAGAGAGCCGAGGGCGCCCACAAUGAAAAUGGCCCAUGCUUUACAUUAGCCUGGGAACAAGAGAUUAUUGCUCCCAGGGAGAAACCUGUGAAAUGUCACAAGUGGGGCAGCAGUUAUUUGGGGCAAUUUCCUUCCAUCACUCUUCCUCCCAAAUUUGCCUCCCUUCCCAAACUAACUUCUGGUAUACAGACUGGAGUGUGGGACACCCAUCAACCCCCUUCAGCUGCUUUCUCCCAGAUCAGGUCCCAUUUGAGGUCAGGCAGGGAAGAGUUCCUUUGUCUUUGAUGCACAGUCUUCUUGCAAUCCAGUUUCCCCUGCUGGUGACAAACAGAGUGUUCAGGAUCAUAACUAUAGACAGACAUCGCAUGGAGUGUGCAAGAGAUGAUGCUACCUCUCUGCUGGGGUGUCUCAUCUGGAUGAUUGCAACAGAUGAUGCAAAAUAAAGCUGAAAAUGAGUUAGUCUGGCUGUUGUGUGUGAUUGCUACUCAGCACAAACAGGAAUUUUAAAGGAUUCAUGGUCUGGAGGGUUGCAGAAGGGAUAACGCUUAAAUAGGGUUAGGCUGAUGUUGCGGAAUGCCUCUAAAUCUCACUUCUGCUGUUUGCUGAAGUCAGCCUUCGGUAGCAUGAGUGUACUGGCGGAGCUGAUGGAAGUUGUAGUCCAGUGCCACAUGGAGGGCACCAGGCUGGCGUUAAGAUCAAUGGCCCUACUGCGUGGAGUUUGUGCAAGGAAGAGCUAUAGGCUGCCUGGAGAGUAACAAGCAAAUAUUGCUUGCCCCCAGGGGAGAUGGCAGCCCUGAGUGGCUGGGGUAACUCAGGAGGUAGCAGGUUCCCCCGUGUUGCAGGUAUUUAAGCAAAGGCUGGAUGACCACCUCUCAGAUUCCUGGGCUGAGCAGAGGGCUGGACUAAAUGAUCUCCAAGGCCCUUUCCGACUCCAUUCUAUGAUAACACAGCCCCUCUCCUGCCAUAUUCUGUCAUUUCAACAAACACAAAAAAUAUAGGAGGGAAAGAGAUGACUGAACACAAAAAAUACCCACAAGCAAGCACCCUGAAAUCAUGUGAGGCCCUUUUAAUGUUCCUGUAGUGGAAUUACAUGCUAGGAAUAAAGAGCUAAAAACGGCAGCUGGCCUCCCCGCCCCCCCACCUGACAUGCAUCUGUAACAGCCUUGAAAUCCAACAGAGGCCCUGCCUGUGUCUUCAUCAUUUGUUGGCUGGAAGAAAACAAUGAGUUUCCCGGCACCAUUUACAGCUGCGAGCCAGAGCUUGGGAAAGCCAGGGUGCGGGAGAGAACGGGAAAUCCAGCUAGUGGCCGUGCCUCUUCAUGAUCAUCACAAACUCCUGCUCGUUCACUUCCCCAUCUCCAUCUAGAUCAGCUUCAUCAAUCAUUUCCUGCAGGGAAGAAAAGUGUCAAGAACCCAGUCUGG